AUGUCCGGCACCCCGUCAAACCCGCAGGAAGCGCAGCAGAAGUAUGACGCCGAGGUGGUCGUGAAGCGCAAUCCGCACGGCGAUUUUGCCCAGGUGCAAGCCUCGCGGCCGGAUUGGGACGAGUCGCGUACGUGGCAGUUCACCAAGACGCGGAAUCCCGAGUGGACAUACGGGAGCGGUGGUGGCGGCGCAAACGCAUCGUCGACAGCAAAGGAGCAACGACAACACAUCAGCAUCGACCCCUACGCAGCGGACCGACAGCCCGUGCAGAACUACAAGCUGCUCAUCAGCGGCAUCAUCCCCCGACCCGUGGGGUUCCUGUCGACGCGGUCUGCGGACGGCAAGUCAACGAACCUGGCCCCCUUUUCGUACACGCAGGUCUUCAACCACGACCCGCCCAUCUUCGGCGUCGGCUUCGCCGGAGGCCUCGACGCUGCAAAGGACUCGCUGCGCAACCUGAUCGCGACGGGUGAGUGCGUCAUCAACAUUAUCAGCGAGGACUUUGUCGAGGCCGCUAAUGCCUGCUCUAUCGACCUGCCCUAUGGCCAGUCUGAGUGGAGCGUGUCCGGCCUCACCCCAGCCCCGAGCGACCUAGUCAAGUGCUCCCGCGUCAAGGAGAGCGUAUUCAGCGUCGAAGGCAAGCUGGUGUCCACGCAGGAAUUCGAGUCGCGAUCUCCCAAAACCCCCGGGAAAAAAACCGGCGUGCUCGCCGUCAUCGAAGGCGUCAGGUUCUGGGUUCGAGAAGACGCCAUCAACGACGACAGGUCCAUUAUCGACCCCGCCAUCUUGCGCCCCAUCGCCAGACUGGGAGGCAUCACUUAUGCCAGAGUACUGGAUGGCUUCGAACUUCCCAGGCCUGUGCUCAAGGACGAGAAGGAACAGGGCAAACUCGCCGAAGAGCUUGUCAAAGAAAAAGUCAACGGACAAUAG